AAUCCAACAUCAGAAAAAAUCCCGAUUACAACUUCAAUUUCUUCUCCUUUAUACUCACUGCACCUUCUUUUCUUCCUCCACCUUCUCUCACUUCCUCCCUCCUGAAAGAUGGACCCGAACUCCAUAUCAAUGGCGCAACAAAGAUGGGAAUUAGAAAACAACAUCGAAACCAUGGAACCAACAACCACCACCACACCAACAGAACCAACCCCAUCAUCGUCAUCUUCCACCAUCACCACCACAACAACCGCCGCACAAUCCGACGCUUCCGACGCCAUAUUCUACUACGACGAAGCAGCGCAAACGAAAUUCCAGCAAGAGAAGCCAUGGGUAAGCGACCCACAUUUCUUCAAGAGGGUGAAGAUCUCCGCUCUCGCGCUAUUGAAGAUGGUGGUGCACGCGCGUUCUGGGGGUACAAUUGAAGUAAUGGGCUUGAUGCAAGGGAAAACUGAUGGUGAUGCGAUUAUUGUUUUGGAUGCUUUUGCUUUGCCUGUUGAAGGGACUGAAACUAGGGUUAAUGCUCAAGCUGAUGCUUACGAAUACAUGGUUGAAUAUUCCCAGACUAACAAGCAGGCUGGACGUCUGGAAAAUGUGGUUGGCUGGUAUCACUCUCAUCCCGGUUAUGGAUGCUGGCUUUCGGGUAUUGAUGUUUCAACACAAAUGCUCAACCAACAAUUCCAGGAGCCAUUUCUUGCUGUUGUUAUUGAUCCAACUAGGACUGUUUCUGCUGGAAAAGUUGAAAUUGGUGCUUUCAGGACGUACCCAGAAGGCUACAAGCCAUCAGAUGAGCCUGUCUCAGAAUAUCAGACCAUUCCACUUAACAAGAUUGAAGACUUUGGAGUUCACUGUAAACAGUACUACUCACUGGAUAUCACAUAUUUCAAAUCUUCACUUGAUUGCCAUUUGUUGGAUCUUCUGUGGAACAAAUAUUGGGUGAAUACUCUUUCUUCUUCUCCUUUGCUGGGAAAUGGAGACUAUGUUGCUGGACAAAUUUCAGAUCUCGCUGAGAAGUUGGAGCAGGCUGAGAACCAAAUGGCCCAUACUCGUUUUGGAUCCAUAAUCACACCCUUACAUAGAAAGAAAGAGGAAGAGCCGGCACUCGCCAAGAUAAGUCGUGACAGUACGAAGAUAACAGUUGAACAGGUUCAUGGUUUAAUGUCACAGGUCAUCAAAGACAUCCUUUUCAACUCCGUCCGUCCAGGUCGGUCUCAGGCAGAGUCAUCAGAACCCGAACCAAUGGUUGAGACAUAACUGUGGUGUGCUGAAGUUUUAUUGGCCUGAGAGUACUCUUUUAAACAUUUUAGAUGUAAAUCCCUUGUUUAUUUUUGAGCACUGGUAAAAACUUUAGGAUUCUUACUUACACAAGUUAAUUGGUCCUCUAAUGUGUGACUGCGGAUUUAUUAGUCAGUAAUUAAACGGGGAUUAAUGUUUAAGAUCA